AUGAAAGAGUCAGAAUCUGUCAAAGAUUUUUCUGAUAGGUUGCUGAAAGUUAUGAACAAAAUAAGUUUGUUGGGAGAUAACUUACGUGAUAGGAGAGUUGUGAAGAAAGUCCUAAUCACUUUGCUAGAAAAAUUUGUGGCAAAAAUAUCAUUACUUGAGGACUCAAGAGACCUGUCAACUAUAACCUUGUCUGAGCUGGUAAAUGCUCUUCAUGCUACUGAGCAAAGGAGAUUAAUAAGGCAAGAAAAACAGGUAAAGGGUGCCUUAUUUGUCAAAGGAAAAUACAAAGCUCAAACCAGCUUUGGAGUGAAGAAGCAAUUACCUGAGAAGAAGAGAGUUGAAUGCAGUAAGAAUGCUGGUAAAAGUGAGGGUUAUCCACCCUGCUCUUAUUGCAAUGAGUGCACUCAUCACAUGGCCCCAGACUCCAGUAAUUUUGUUGAAUUAAAUGAUGCAUACAGAUCAAGUGUUAAAUUUGGCAAUGGAGAGUAUUUGGAAGUGAAAGGAGUUAGAGUGAUUGCAGUGAAAACUCCAUCAGGUACCAAGCACAUAACUGAUAUUCUUUAUGUUCCUGAUAUAGAUCAAAACUUGAUUAGUGUAGGCCAAUUGAUUGAGAAAAACUAUACUUUGAUAUUCAAAGACAAAGGCUGCACUAUAUUGGACACAAACAAUCAAGAAUUGAUGACUGUUGAUAUGAAGCAUAGAAGUUUCCCUUUUCAAUAG